UCGGCAGCCUCGUCCACGGUAGCGGGGUUGACACACGCCUCCAUCAUCCUCUCCGGCAGCGAGAGGCCGGCGGGCGGAGCGGAGCGGGGGGCGCCGCGGCAGACAAAGCAAAGAUGGCAGGGAUCCUCGCAUGGUUCUGGAACGAGCGGUUCUGGCUGCCGCACAACGUCACCUGGGCGGACCUGCAGAGCACGGAGGAAGCCGCUUUCCCGCAGGCGGAGGACCUCUACCUCGCCUUCCCCCUGGCCUUCUGCAUCUUCAUGAUCCGACUGCUCUUCGAAAGGUUUGUUGCUAAACCAUGUGCCUUAGGCCUUAAAGUCCAAGCCAAUGGACCACAGAAAGCUCAACCUAAUGCUAUCCUGGAAAAAGUUUUCACAGCUAUUACAAAGCAUCCAGAUGAGAAGAGGCUGGAGGGCCUUUCCAAGCAGUUGGACUGGGAUGUACGCAGUAUUCAACGUUGGUUUCGACAAAGACGCAACCAGGAAAAGCCCAGCACUCUUACAAAGUUCUGUGAGAGCAUGUGGAGAUUUACAUUUUAUCUUUAUAUAUUUACCUAUGGAGUACGGUUCCUGAAAAAGACACCUUGGCUCUGGAAUACCAGACAGUGCUGGAACGGGUAUCCAUAUCAGCCACUGAUGCCUGACCUUCAUUACUACUACAUAGUUGAAUUGUCAUUCUACUGGUCCUUAAUGUUUUCUCAAUUCAUUGACAUCAAAAGAAAGGAUUUUGGCAUCAUGUUUACACAUCACAUUGUAACAGUCACCCUGAUAACCUUCUCAUAUGUAACCAAUUUGACACGAGUGGGAACCUUGACCUUAUGCCUCCAUGAUGCGGCUGAUGUUGUCCUAGAGGCUGCCAAAAUGGCAAACUAUUGCAAGUGUCAAAAGCUGAGUGACCUUCUGUUCCUUACAUUUGCCAUUGUCUUCAUUGUCAGUAGGCUUGGCAUAUAUCCCUUAUGGAUAUUAAACACAACAUUGUUUGAACUAUAUGAAGCUCUGGGCAAUUUUCCUGCCUUGUGGGUUUUCAACAUGCUGCUUGUGAUUCUUCAAAUUCUGCACUGUUUUUGGUCCUACCUAAUCAUAAAAGCAGCCUACAAAGCUAUUUCAAAGGGCAAGGCUGGGAAGUGGAACCCUUUGAAUGUUACAAAGGAUGACCGAAGUGACAUUGAGUCAAGCUCAGAUGAGGAAGAAACAGUACCUCGUUCAAAGACCCCUAACAGCACUAUCACCACUAAUGGGACCAGCGGUGCCAAUGGGACAAACGGGUAUCUUACUGGCGGCACUUGCUCAGAGGAGCAUUAAUCCUUGAGUUCAAUCAUGAGACACAAACAGAAUUAACUGUUUGCUACUGGACUUAAAUUCUAAGUUGUGAAUGCAGUUUCUUCAUAUAUCUCAGCAUCAGAAAAAAAUAGGAGUAUCAAAGCAUUCUGAUAGUGCACUGCCAUAUUUCCUGUUUGUGAAUGAAGACAACACACCAUUCUGUAUAUGUAGGCAUGCUGUAUGUGUAUGUAACAGACACAAUGGGAGCAGUAUUUUCACUUGUACUGUCUUUGAAAUAUUAUUUAUUUUGUAUCCUUUUGGGAACUUCUGGACAAAAGGGAAUAUCCAUUCUCCAACUUUCUCUCUUGGGAUUCUCAGUAGUGGAGAGCAUCACACUCAGAUCUCUUCUGUCCAUCCCUGUUGCUUUUGCUGAGUCUGCUAUAAGUAAUAGUUGCUUGAUUUGUUACUUACAGUAAGAUAGAACAUAGCUUUAUAGAUUUUAAAUCUGCUUCAGAUAUUUUUGCUAUCUUUGUGUUUUAAAGUGCUGGUUUUGAAAUUGCCUAUCAAAUCACAGUGGCUGUUCCUCUGACAUAAAGUUUUAAAAUACUGGAUUGAUAUUUUAAGUAGUAGGUAAUGUGGUCAAUCAGCAAUUUGGGGAGAAAGGAAAACAAAAGCCUGUGGUAAUUGUGGGAUAUUGUUUAUAUUAUUUUAGCACAAUUUAAAAUUCAAUUUGGUAUUUAAUUGCAUUAGAAGUAGACUUGAUUUGUUGUGCAAAUACCCAAAGCACUGAUGUCAACUGUUAGGAUAAACUCAUUCUCACUUUUGUUUGCCUUGAAAUUUUUCACCUCUACAGGUCUUAGCUUUUUGCAGAGAUAGAUGUUGAAAGACGUUUGUUCAAGUGCACCAUUGUGAAUCCAGACCUCACUGCUGAAACUGUUCUUGCACAUUCAGACAGAUGAGAACAGAGGUGUAAUAGAGAAAAAAUAGGCAGAUGAAAUGUUCAUUGCUUCCUUAGACACAGUUCAGUCUAGGUAUCUUUCUUAGAGUUAUUAACACUUUUUUGGUAGGGUGAAGAGAGAGAAGGCAGAAUGUCAUACAUUACUAGAAGUAGUUUAUUUUAAAUGCAUGAAAACUUGAGCAAAAUUCACUUAAUUCAUAGCAAACCUGGAACACUCAGCAAUAUUUUAUCCCCUUUACAAAUAAAAUAAAGGGUGUCUGUAAAAUAAUUUUGCACUCCUUUUUCAUCGAUGAUUUAGAACCUGUGUCCCAAAGAAGACAAAAUAACACCCCAAUAAGUAUCUUUUUAAACAUUAUAUACACACUUUUCCCAGUCUUUCAGUCAAAGUUUGGUAUAGGAUGCUAAGGAUCGUACAGCUCUUGCAGGAUGCUUUUCUGUAGUUUGUGACAGCAGUGCCAAAAGUAGGCAAGGUUCUUAGGUAACAGACUCUAUGCAACCUACUGUUCUACAGUAUUGUGUGUGUGCACAUAGAACCAAUGUGCUUAUAGACCAAAGACUUAUAUAUAAAGAAAAAAAUUAAAAUAAAAAUGACAGUGUGUCUUCUAUAUACAAAGGGACUGGAGUGCUGUGUUCAGCUGGAAUUGUAAGCCAGGAUAUCUUUCUGACUCCUUCCACCUAUGCAAAUAGCAAAGUAAAUAUGGAUGGUUUCCAAUGCCAUAAAACAUGUUUAAAGGCUCUAUUUUCUAGAGGCUCCAUUGAAGAAAGUUGUGUUGCCACUUCUUUCUUUUGAAAAAAUUAUAUUUGUCCUAGUCUACUCUUAAAAACUUCUGAAGCCUUUAUUUUCCACAGGCCCCCUUGUUUAUUAACAAAGCAAUGUGCUAAAAGUAAGGGCGGAAUGGGGUUAAUGAAAGUAGUAACUCCACUAAAUAGACAAUAGAGGUAAGGAAACUGAAAAAUUGUGAGUUGUGGAAGACCUGUCAAGUUUUACUGCUCACAGAGCAUCCUCUGAAAAAGCCAGGUAGCCUUGUCAUCGGUAUCUGUAUGGCUUAUAUGUCCAUGAAUAUAUCUGAGGGAGCAAGGGAGUCAUGCUUUAAUCACUUUCUCCCCCAAAAGUUUCUCUGGCUCUAAUUUUUUUCAUCUGUCUCCUGCGCCUCCGAUUUCAUAUGGCACAACAGGCCAUACAGGUGGAAAUACACCAAUUGCAAUGGAAAGUAUCCCAUCCACAGUAUUUGAAGUGGCAGUUGUUUAAUAAUUACUGAUACCGAAAUUUUAAAACAAGACUAUCCUGAGAUUUAUUGAAUUACUAUUAUAAUUUCUGAAGUGCUGCAAUGGUAAUUCACAACAGCAGGUAAAACACACCUCUUUCAUGGUGUUGAUUACUACCUCCACUGGACCAUUUCCCUUCUUCAAAGUUUGUUUAAAAAGUAUUGUUCUGACAAAAUAUUACAUCGGGACAGAAUGCUGUUCUGAACUAUCUGUAGCAUUGAUUGAAAUACACAGUCAAGGCUACAACCCUCUAGAUGAUUUUCUGGCUGGAUAUAUAUGCUCUUUAUCCCCCUGUUAAAUGCAACUUGGAUUGAAACACUUUGAUUGAGGUUUAAAUUCAGUUGCAUCUAUGAUGACUAAAGCAUGCAACAGUUACCACAGUUUGGCUGACUCCCUGUGACGUGACUUACCAUCCCCAAACCUGGCUUUUUAGAGUCCUUUCUUAGCAACCUAGAAGAAACUUAAUACAGAUAUGUCUGGGAAAUAGGUGAGAUGAGAGAUUCAGAUGAGAUAUAUGGGGAAAUAAGGUAAGAGUAAAGUACCAUUCGGAACUUCAGUGAAUUGUACUAAAAAAUCAUUUAA